GCGCACCAUCUCUCGAUUCCCACUUCCGCCAUUUCCCCUUCAGAGAAGCUAGCCAUGGAGAAUCGCAGUCUCAGCCAGUCGAGGAUUUCCAAGGCCGCACGCUGCACAUCUUGCUUCGCUUCUCCAUUUGAUCGUUCUAUAUAUUUCUGCAAUCUGUUGGAUGAGCCAUGACUGUUAACUGAUCUGUGCAGAGGUAAGCAGCAUGGAGUGGGAGUUCAUCGACAUGUCAGAGCAAGAGAAAGACCUCGUUCACAGGAUGUAUAGACUCGUCGGAGACAGGUGGUCACUGAUAGCCGCUCGAAUCCCCGGGCGUACGCCUGAAGCAAUAGAACGGUUCUGGAAAAUGGCUUACGAUGCUUGUUUCGCUGAAAGGAGGCUAAAGAGAAGAACGAGAACGUCAAGCGACCAUGGAAAUGGAGACGCAAGGCAGACAGAUGCCCCACCUGAAACGAAUGUUCAGCUACCACUGAAUAACAUUAAAUAAGAGGGACCAAACUCAUUAACGCACUGGGAGGAGGUGAAGGAAGGAGUAAGAAAUUUGAAAUAUUGUUUGGGAAGGAGUGAGUUAAGUAAAAGAAAGGUUAACCUUAUUUACCUAUCAAAUAAAAGAAUUUCUAACAUACCGUUUUGGAUGUAAGUAAAGGCAAGAAGAAUUAAAAAAUAUAUAUAUA